AUGGACGGUCGAAUGGAAGAACAGAAAGAAAUGGUGCUGCUUGUUGGUAAUCGUAGCUUUGUUGGAGGGCAACAGAGAAGUUGUUGUGGAUUAACUGAACAUGGAUUAUACUUCAUCUUUCCUGAGAAGAAAACCUAAGUUUUGACUUUUAUUACUUGGUCUUUUUUUGGAGUUUUUAACCCAUUGGGAAACCUGAGCAGGAUUGUUCAACAUGUCCUUUUAUGACAAUGCAGUUAAACAAUUGGGCUUCCCUUCCAUUGAGCUGUUUGUAAAGGCAGGAACUGAUGGGGAAAGCAUUGGUAAUUGUCCAUUCUCCCAGAGACUCUUUAUGAUCCUGUGGCUAAAAGGAGUCAUCUUCAACGUCACCACUGUUGACCUCAAACGGAAGCCGGCUGACCUGCAGGACCUUGCUCCAGGAACCAACCCUCCUUUUGUGACCUUUAAUGGCGAGGUCAAGGUCGAUGUAAACAUGAUAGAGGAGUUCCUGGAGGAGAACCUAACCCCACCACGAUACCCCAAACUGGCUCCCAAACAUCCAGAGGCCAACACAGCUGGCAUCGAUGUGUUUGCCAAGUUCUCAGCUUACAUCAAAAACCCACGGAAAGAUGUCAACGAGGGUUUAGAGAAAGCCUUGUUAAAGUCUCUAAAGCGACUCGAUGAAUUCCUGAGGACUCCCCUGUCAGAAGAGAUUGACGCUAACGCCUCAGGAGAUGUGCCCGAGUCCACCAGGAGCUUCCUGGAUGGGAAUGAGCUCACCCUGGCUGACUGCAACCUGCUGCCUAAACUACACAUCUUGAAGAUUGUAGCCAAGAAAUACCGUGGCUUUGAGAUCCCAGUCGAGAUGACGGGGGUGUGGAGGUACUUAAACAGCGCCUAUGAGAGGGAGGAGUUCAUCAGAACCUGUCCGGCUGAAAAGGAGAUUCAGUUUGCCUACCUGGAUGUUGCAAAACGAAUCAAAUAGUAGGAAUAGUUGGACUGCGAGAAAGAGAAGAGGAAUGAUGCUGAAGUAAACUGUGGAGGGAUUUAUCAUAAAUACAGAAAAGAACUCUAGAGGCUGAUUCCAUCUAUCAUUGUUUUUGAAGUUCAAUAUCUCUGACUGCAUCAGCUUUGAAGUAUAACUCUGAUUACGUGUGCAUGUAUGUACAUGAGUCUGCUCCUGUUGGUUGGUUCUGCAUCGUCAUAACUUUAUCAUUGUGUUUUUACAAAUAAUGAUUAGCAUCUAUUAGAAGUCUUGCAGAAAUACUUUCAGAUUUUCUUUUCACUUUUAAAAUGCCAGCAGGGCCAAGUUCACUGCAGAGACUAAAUGAAUAGAACAAUCAACGUUAUUAUUCAGUAUUUGUGUAUUAGAAACCAUUUAGUCUUUAAUUUGGCCCUGCCACUGACGCAUAAAAAUCAGAAACGUUUUACACUAUAAUCUGCAACACAGUCAUUUUAAAUCAUGUGAACAGGUCAAUUUUCAAUAAAAGGAAAGAAAAGUACUUUUACUGUGCUAUCAGUUAUGCUCCUACAUGCAGGUGAAGGUGUAUUUGUUUUUUAUUCCUCAGUAAGAAAGAAAAAUACAAAAAUAUUUCAGAAUUUUUAGUACUGAAAGGCCAAAAGAGAAACAGUUAGAAAACGAACAGCUUGUAAAAUAAGACAAAGUUAAACCUAUUUGGAAGAAAAACACUGAAAUUGAAACUAUAACCACAGAUUUCAGUGGCCGCUAAUAUUAAAGCUUUAGCUAGUCAGAAAUAACCUGUCUGGAGAAACUGCAUUGCAAAAUUAAUUUUAGGUAAUUUGAGAAAAUGACAAAAAAUUGUUUGUUAUAAAUCAUUGUUAAAGUUUAUUUUUUGCUUUUAAUAGUGAGAGAAAUGCUGCAAGUGGAAUAUGACCAGAGACUUCAGGGGGAGCGAAUACUUAAACUAACUUAAUACGUUCUAUUGUUAGCUAGCCUGCAUGAGCCCACGUCUGCUGACACUGGAUUAAAAAUGAGCAAAAAUAGCAAAAGCUAUUAAAUAAACCAAGCUAAUUAGCAAUAAAAAAAACAUGUAUUCUUUAAGCCUUAAUUGAUGAAAAAUCAUUUCACUUUCUACAGACAAUUUUAUUCACACACAGAGUUAAAUGCAUAAAGCAUACUUCUAAAUAUAUUCCAUUUAUUCAAUAUCUCCGUCUUUGAUUGUAAUAAUGUAGUGAAAUUAUUUGAAAAUCAAUUGUUUGAAUAACUAGGCUUGACUAGCCAAGGGUCUUUUCUAUUUUAUCAACAGUUCAUUUGACUGUUCACUCUCUAUGCCGAUGACAUUAGAGUAUUCACUCAGAUUGUGAUUUUCGUUAACUAACUUCUUUUAUAUUUAAAGCUACUGAACGGCUGGAUGGUUUAACUGAAGGUGACUUUUUGAUUGACGUGUUAAAGUUCAUUGAUGUAGUUUAUUUUGUUCAUAGUUUAGUUCACAGUUGGGCAGAUGGGGUUUAGUAUUUUUUUUUGGCAACUAAACCAACUCUUUGAAAGACGCCAUUCUGUGUUUGGAAGAGUUGUGUGAGUGUGUAAUGAACCAAAACAACUUGCACACCAGCCUACUGUGUUCUGGCCUUACAUCCUCUCCGGGGAGAAUCUUUAAUAAACUGAUUUUAUCACAA